CUUUCUUCCUCUUUCCACCUCCUUGUGAUCAUCGCCUUUGGACACCUCCACAACCCCCGUCGACAUGGCUCACCGCAUCGUCACCCAAGUCGUCGUUACCGGAGCCCGGGUCUUCGGCCGCGCCUUCGCCGAAGCCUACAAGCAGGCCCAGGCCUCUGGCAAAUAUGCUGCGCAGAAGAAGGGUGGAGGUAGCGCUUUCACCUCUUCGGGUCUGACCCUCGACGAGGCCUGCAAGAUUCUCAACGUCAAGCCCCCGGCCGGCGGCGAAACCAGCCUCGAGCAUGUCAUGGAGCGAUUCAAGAAGUUGUUCGACCUGAACGAUCCCCAGAAGGGUGGCAGUUUCUACCUGCAGAGCAAGAUCUUGCGAGCACGCGAGCGCAUAGAGAUGGAGGUUCGCGAGGCAGAGCGGAAGGCGGCUACGGACAAGGAAUUGCGCGAGGGUUGGAAUCCCAAGGUCUACAAGGACCGGUGAAGUGACGGACAACCUUGAUCGCUUCGAUCGAUCCAAUAUGCCUCAUUAUCGAACCAUAUUUUCCCUCCUCGCGCCGCGGCGACAACCUCUGCGUGUACGAUUGAGUGGAAUUUUUGCGGCACACACAACCACCACACCGCAGUCCUCUCGUCCUUUUUGAUUUGGCAUAGCACGGCGUUUUUGGGUUCUUGCGGGAAAGAGGUCUUAUUUCAUUAGAGUGAAGGAUUUCUCCUUGGUUCCAGGGUCAUUCUCUUUGGCAUGGGGAGUCAUCGCCUCUUUCGAUGCGAUUUCUUCUCUUUCCCUUUCAGACCUCCGGGUCUUCUCUGUGUAUACCAUCUGCGAGUCUUGUUUCCAUUGCCUCAACCUCACCCCCCUUCUCCACUCUGAUUUGGACCCGGAAAGGAAAAUCAUGUACUAUAGCUGUAUACUUGCACAUGUUUGAAUGGCCGA